CCUAAUUUCACAUAAAAAAGUGAGCUCUUUUCCAUUGGGUUUUUAUCUUUUUGAAAGCUUCAUGCAAUUAAUGGCUGCAGCUGGUGAUCAAGAUAUGGCACUUCACUCUCUUGGGUCUAAAGUUUCUGUGCUUUCAGAUCAUGAACCUGAAAAAUGUGGCCAUGUUAACAAUAAUGUUGGCAAUCACCAACAAAGACCUUGCUUUGAUCCUAAUUCUCUUGUUUCUCCCAAGGCUGUGCCGCCGAUUUCGGUGGCGGCUGAGGGCGAUCAAGCUCUCCGCCGCCCUCGAGGGCGUCCGGCCGGCUCCAAAAACAAGCCUAAACCACCCAUCAUUGUCACCCGAGAUAGCGCCAAUGCUCUCCGCGCUCAUGCCAUCGAAGUCAGCUCUGGCUGUGACGUUAACGAGAGCCUAUCCAACUUCGCGCGAAGGAAACAACGUGGCGUUUGUAUUUUGAGCGGGAGUGGAUGUGUCACCAACGUCACGCUCCGCCAGGCUGCCUCCUCAGGCGCCAUCGUCACUCUUCACGGCCGGUUUGAGAUUCUUUCAUUGCUGGGAUCAAUCUUGCCGCCGCCAGCGCCGUCGGGGAUCGCCGGGCUAACUAUUUACUUAGCGGGCGCGCAAGGGCAGGUGGUCGGUGGAGUGGUGGUGGGUGCGCUCAUUGCUUCCGGCCCCGUCGUGAUCAUGGCGGCAACGUUCAUGAACGCAACAUUUGACCGCCUGCCGUCGGAUGACGACGAAGCCACCGCCGCCAUGCAGAGCCAACACUACCAGAACGGGCGGAGCCACCACCACCUCGAUGUUUCCGAUCUGUACGGAGUGCCGCAGAACUUGAUCACCAACACCACUCUUCCGCCGGACUUAUACUCUUGGGCGGCGGCGGGCAGAACCAUGUCGAAGACUUAGAGCGACGUCGUUUUCCAUUUCCAUUGCCGUAUUCAGUUGUUAUAUGUAUUUUCAGAAGAAUAUUUUGCGUUUUUGUUUUUAAAUUUCGCGAAUUUGUAUCAGCUGCAAUGUUCAGUUCACAGUUUCAUAAAGUUUCUAUUUAUAU